AUGAGAAGGGUGAAAAACAUGGCCUGGAGCAACAACGUCCGCUUAUUUCUAAAGCUCUCGUCGCAACGUUGUCAGCUCCAAAACAUGGGCUCAAAAACCGAGGAUUCUGGAGUCCACAAACCGGGAAUCUUUGAAUCCGACGUCCUGGCGAGUACAUCGAAUUCCAGGCACAUGGAGUGCUUGUUCGCCAAAUGGAUAACGGACAAUAACUCGAUUAAUGGGACCUGGCAGCAGUUCUUCAAGGAUUUAGUUAAGGAUCAAAUAAACACGGAAACAAACAAUCCCAAUUAUCCCCAUUUUAGGGAUAGACCUAACAAAAUGGAUGCUUCAUUGCCAGUUAAGAGGCCAGCAAUCUCUCCUCCGGUACUGAAGGUUUCGUCUGACACUUUGGAAUCCGACUUAAAUGCUUGCGUAGUUCGUCCUCAAAAAGACGACAUGGAAGUGCUUUCACUCUCGCCGGAAAUCAGGACAUCAGGAAUAUACGACUAUAAAAAAAUUAGUUGCAAAAUGCCUGGUUCCGUAUUAACAACCAAAGCAGUGGAAAAUCCAUUUUCAAAAAAUAUGACAAGGAGAAUGUCCCAAAAGAAACCACCAAAGGAGCCUGAAAAAUCUUUAUCAACUGUGGACAAAAACUUGAUGGCUUCAAGGAGAUCUAGAAAUUCCCGAAAUAACUUUCAAAGGAAAUACGGGUCCUUUGAAACAUUCUUAAAAUAUUGGCAGCAAGCUUCUGCAAGGGAUAAAUGUAAACGGCAUAAUGGUCCAACUAUGGUUGUUAAAAAACGUUCUCAAGGUUUUUGUAAACCAAAUAAAACCGUGUACUUUAAAAAUUAUUACGAAAAGAGACUUAAACAUGGAAGAAGAAAGAUGCCCAAAACCAUAAAUAAUCCAGAAAUUAAAGUGCCUUCGAAACCGAAAGAGGAAAAACUGAAGGAACAGUUAGAACCAAAUGCUGAAAAACAAACUUCAGAUUCAGAGGAGAACAAAACCAACCGUACCCAAAAAAAUAAAAGUGAUACUUACGAGACCCUUGAAGAACUAAUCGAUGAUAUUGAUGACAGCACCUUAAAUGAGGAUUCAACUGAUACAAUUCAGCCUGAAAAAGUAAAGGAUGGCAGUGAAACAUCAAACAUCUUAAAAAUUACCUUCAAAAAGAAACCUAAAGAAUACAAAACUGCUCUUAGGGUUUUUAAACCUGAAGAAAAUGUUGAGUCAAAAACAGUUGAUAAACAAAAACCUGCUGUACAGCCGAACAAGCCUAAAUUAAGUAAACCCAUACCCGAAACUUUCAGACCUUUAAGGGUUUUCAAUGCCGAACAGAAAGAUUCCCCAGAUGAAGAUAAAUCGUGGAUAUAUUUGGAUGAGUUAACAGUGAAAAGUCUGCAAAAACCCAAUAGAGAUACGAAGAUAAGCAACUUGAAACUAAAAAGUUCAAAGACUCCUAAAGAUAUUUAA